UCAGUCCAAAAUGGAGGAGCUAUCUGUCGAAGUGCUUGACGCGAACGGUGCAUAUUACAAGGCGGUGAUCAAGAACAUCCACGAUAAAGAGGUCACUGUAGGUUUUGAAAACAAUUGGAACCCGGAGAAACGUGUUCCGUUUUCUGAUGUCCGUCUUCCCCCUCCUCCAUCAGUGGAAGAGCCCAAGGAUCUAAAAGCUGGUGAUGAAGUAGAGGUAUUCUCACGAUCUUUUGAGGGAGAGCCAUGUGGCUGGUGGCAUGCCAAGAUUCAGAUGAUCAAAGGAGAGUUCUUUGUAAUAGAAUACCAUGGAUAUGAUGCAACAUACAAUGAGAUAGUACAGGGAGAUAGAUUGAGGCAGCCAAACACAGAACCAUGUCUUAGUGCGGAAACGUUUCACAAGGUGUCCAUAACAGUGCCAGCAGACAUCAGAGAAUAUGCUAGGGACACCAAACACCAUCAAGACUUUCUCAAGUCAACAGGCGCUUUUGCCAUCCUCUACAACGAAGACACAAGUUCUCUCCUAGUCUUUGGUAACUCUGCAUCCUUGGUGCGUCGUGCUGAACUCCUCAGCGACAUGCACUUCCGCAGCAUCCGAGAGAAGAUGCUGAUGAUGAGCCGUGCAGAAGAGGCAGCCCAGCAGCUUGAGGUCACCAAGUCCCAGAUGGAAGGAUGCGUGGAAGAGUUUAGCGUCAGUGAAGACCUGAUGGGGUUGGCCAUCGGGGCACACGGAGCCAAUAUCCAGAACGCACGACGGGUCAUCGGGGUCAAACGCAUUGAUUUGGAUGAGGAUACGUGCACGUUUAGAGUCUUUGGAGAGCUGGAUGCCAUUCGUCAAGCCAGGACUAUGCUGGAGUUCGGAGAAGAAGUGUGUGAUGUACCACGGAAUCUUAUAGGAAAAGUAAUUGGCAAAAACGGGCGUGUCAUCCAGGAGAUUGUGGACAAAUCGGGCGUGGUCAGAGUGAAGAUAAAGGGCGACAACGAGCGGGAUCAGUCGUCUGAUAUUGACAUCAUGGUACCGUUCAUGUUUGUUGGCACCAAAGAGAAUAUCGUCAAUGCCAGGAUUCUGCUGGAGUACCAUCUAGCGCAUCUUAAGGAUAUGGAAGAACUGCGAAUCCAGCGUCUUCAGAUUGACCAACAGCUGCGCAACUUCAAUGGGGGUUACAAUUCUGGACCCUACUUCCCCCCACCCAGAGAACGGGGCGAGAGGGGUUAUGGGUCGGAUUUCUCGGAGGAUGGCGGAAGUGGUAGAGGACGCAGGGGAAGAGGAAGGGGCAGAGGAGGCUCGAGGGGAGGGGGGCGAGGCGGACUGAGAGGGGGAAUGAACAGCGGUUACAGCUCUGGGCGUGGUCGUAGCACACCAGAGGAACUCGCCUCCGGUGAGGACGGGGCACGCUCCAGUGACUGGGCAGAGCAAGUUAGAGAAGAGAGGGAAGGCAACAAGCCCUUUGACCAUAAGUACGGUCCCUCAUCGUCAAGGGGCAUGUCCUCCAGGCCUCCUAGGGGAAUGUCCAGAGGAGGGUCCUCCAGAGGGGGGACUUCCAACAGAGGUCGCGGGAGGACGACACAAGGUCGCGGCAGAGGCAGAGGGGGUCAUGCAGAUGCACCCAGUACCGGUACCCCACCGUCAGAAACCGAUGAGGAAAGUUACCGUGACAACCGUCGCCGUAGACACGAUGAGGAAGACACCCUCCUUGAAGACACUACAGUUGACGAGGAUACAAAUAAUACAGAGAGAGAAGAUGAUUCAAAUAGACCGAAUAGACGUCGGCCCCGUAGACGCAAGAACAGAGGACGAGGGGGUACGAUGAAUGGCGAGGGUUUCCAUAGUGGAGCGGAUAACCACGACGACACCGACACGAGUAAGACAAACUCGCCCAUGCCCAGACGACGCUUCGGUGGCGGCACAGGAGACAAGGGUUAUUCACAGGGUAACAACGGAGCUAAAGGCAGCUCCAGGCCUGGGGAGUCAUCAGACAGCCCAGCAAUCAACGGUAACAGUAGCAAGUUUGUUAAUAAUAGUUCGGCACCGAGGGGCCCGUCCAACGGACCCAAGGAACAACGCGGACCUCGGAAUCGCCGACCAGCGAGUCAGAAUGGGCCGAUGAAAUCGGGCAGCGAUGACUCCACUGAGAGCAAGCCUGCUAUAAAGGCUGAGGUGAGCCCGGAUACCCCCCAGUUGGUUAAUGGUACGGCCUGAUUGCAGAGUUAGUUCAGUGUUAUGUAAUAUACAGGUUGGUGAUCUUUCUUUGGGUGAUACCAUUUUAUGUGAACACAAAAGGGGAGGCGGCAUGCAACUUAUCUGUGUUGAUUACUGGUGUGUGUUAAAAAGAUUUAAUAGGAUUGUGAGGAAACGUUUAAAAACAAUUCAAAAAAAGUAUGCCUUAUUAUUGUACUCCUUGUCAUACUGAAGAAGUAGAAGACAUUAUUAAGCUCCUUGUAUAAUAAAUCCCAGGGCCUUAAAACUGCAAACUUUAAUGUACAUGUAGUGUAAAAAAACUAAAACAAAACAAACAAGAUUUCAAAACUAAAAAAAAAAAAAAAAAAAAAGUGAAAAAUGAAAAAAUAAAAAUUGCUUGAGCCCCAUUAUUAUGCCAAAGUCAGAAUAUUUGUUUGUAUUCUUAACAACAAAAAACUUGUGUGACAUCGAUGAUUAGUUAUGACCUUGUUAAUAGUAAAUAGUUAGAACUCAGAAAUGUAGUUGGGGUUUCAUAGCGUUAUAAAAGGCAGUGUUAUGGUCUCGUGCAAUACAUUCAUAUAGAAGGUCAAGGUGCUCCAUGGAAUUUUUUUGUUUUUUUUCACCCGACAUUAGAGGGCGCUUUCAUACCCUAACAACUGCCAAGAGAGGGCGCUGUACUACGUGUACUUGGGACCACUGAUCUCUAUUAUGUGGUCAGUGCUUGGGACUGUGGACUGACCAUCUCUCUCAAAUGCUUCUUUUUGUAAUUAAUUUCAUGUGAGGCUUUUUUUCACAACAACGCUUCAACAACGCUUGUAAAAUAAUGCAUUUGAAACUUCUUUCAAUUGACUAUUACAAAAACAACUUUUUUGAUUAAACAAAAUUUUACCAUAAAAACGAAAAAAAUGUAUAAGAAAAGUAAUAAAAAUCAGUUAAGAUUAUUUUGCUUGUACAUGGACAACUCUUGUUGAUGUUUAUUCUAAUGUUACAUAACUAGAUUUUAUAUACAAAGGUAAUUUUUUUGUUUUGGUUAGUACUGUUUUUCAGGUGUGAUUAUUAAAAAGACCUGAUCGUUUCAUUGAAGGUGAAACAUGUAGUAUAACAGUACUUUAACUUUGACCCUUGACGCAGUGACAUUUUAGACUGAUUGAUAAUUCUACAUGUUAACGGUUGGUGUCGUAAAUUGCGUAAAAGUAACUUGCAGAGAAGUCUGGUUUAGACUUUGUUUUUCAACCAUCUGGGCCCAAUUUCAUGGCCCUGCUUACCGUAAGCAAAUAAUCGCCGCUUGUGGAAGCAGGGCCCAAUUUC